GACUCAGUUAGAAUUGAAAAUUGGAAGCGAAAUGAAGAAUUGUGAAGUGAUUUGUGGAAUAUUUUUAUUGAUCUUGGGAUCAACUUUAGUCAUUGGACAAACACCUACAAGUCUUCCAGCUUCCUUGUCAGCUUUAAAUGAAAUCAAAAGUUUUGAAACCUCAACUUUGUCGUCACUUAUGCGACCCGUUAAUAUUCUGAGAGACGAGGUUUAUGGACAUUUUUUCAGAUCACAAAAUGUUUUAAGACUUGCAAGGGAAAAUUUAUUUUCAACGGCAUCGAAAUUUCCUUAUUAUCAGCUUGAACCGGAAGUAAGACAAAAUAUGGUGAAGAGACUCUCAACGAUCAUAAAUGAAUGCAUUGAUCCAACAGUUGAUUACUUGCAAAAGAAUGCAAUUCUUCCAUAUUUUAAUUUCAUGAGUGAUGAGAAGACGCCAGUUGAAAGCAGUUUCGAACCAGUAAUGACACAAUUAGAGGGAUUGAAAGCCAUUAUUGAGUCAUCUGAUAAAAACAGUUGCUUAAGAAGUGCAAACAUUAAUUCAAGAAGAUUGACAACUCGUUACAAUUCAGUCAUAAAUGCUGUCAAUUCAUGCACGAGAAGUGCUUCUAUGACAUAUCGUGCACCAAUCACUGAGUUCACUCGUCUUCACUUUGCAGCACUUCCAUUAGUUAAUCGAAUGAACACAGAACUUAAUCAAUGUACAAGUAUACUUGCAUCUACACUUGGAACUGAAAGUAACUCUGAAAGAACCAAUGAAUGCCUUAAAGCUUAUUUGGAAAAAUAUUGCGAAGAUGAAGAACAAUGCAAAGUUUGCUCAACGAUAUCAGCAGUAAAAGAUCAAGCUAGAAAUAUGGUGACAUCUACUCAAGCAGAAUAUAACGAAUGCAUUACAGAAACUGCCAAGAAACUUCCAGCAACUAUUCCUUUCUCUGAAAGUCUGAAAAGUUGCAGUCCAGCAGAAGAGGUUGUGGAAACACUACCAGUUGAAGAAGUAGAGGAAGUUAUUAAAGAAGAAGGUGAAGGAGUAGACGUAAUCACUGAUGAAGAAAACGACGUUAAAUCUUUACAUUAA